UAAACUGAUAUUGCGAAACUUCGUUUCUAGUCCAUCAAAUAAUAGAAGUUGACCAGAUAGUAUACACGGAAGAUCGAGUACAAUCUUCAGAGCUUCUAAUGCUUGUAGGAUACCAAUUGUGCCAACGGCUGCAGUUAAAUCAAUGUCGUGCGCAAUAAAACCAGUACAGUCUUGAGCAAAGGUAGGAAGUUGAUGAUUAAUGUCACGGUCAGCGAGGUUCUGACUCUUGACAAGUGUACAUAGGAAAACCAUGAUUUUUUAAAUAACAAAGUGAGUAUUAUUUGUGAAGAACUUUAUUCAUAAUAUACAUCAAGAUGGUGGAACCAAUUUUUGACUAUCAGUUUCGUCUAAUACUUAUUGGUGACAGUACAGUCGGAAAAAGUUCAUUGCUGAAAUAUUUUACCGAUGGGAAGUUCGCAGAGCUUUCAGAUCCAACAGUAGGAGUAGAUUUUUUUGCUAGAUUAAUUGAAGUAAAAGAUGGAACAAGAAUAAAAUUACAAUUAUGGGAUACUGCUGGCCAAGAAAGAUUUAGGUCAAUUACAAAAUCCUACUAUAGAAACUCUGUUGGAGCCUUGCUUGUAUAUGAUGUUUGUAAUAGAGCAAGUUUUGAACAUAUUCCUGAAUGGAUGAUGGAUGCUCGUAGACAUAUUGAACCACAUCGUCCUGUAUUUGCAUUAGUAGGUUGUAAAUUAGAUUUAGUUACCAAUGGAAGUAGACGAGAAGUUUCAAAGGAAGAAGCAAGAGCUUUUGCUGAUGAACAUGGAGUACAUCACAUUGAAACCAGUGCAAAAACUGGAGUUAAUGUUGAAGAGGCAUUUCGAACAGUUACUCAAGAAGUUUAUAAUAGAAUACAGACUGGUGAAUACAAGGUAGAAGAUGGUUGGGAUGGAAUAAAGACUGGAUUUGCUAGACCUGGUGGUUUAGAUUUUAAUCUAGUCGAAGCAGAACCUGCAAAGAGUUCUUGUUGUUAAGUUAAAUUUUAAUUUGUUAUAAAGAAUAAUAAUAUUUAGAAUGCAGUGUUAUUAUUGUAUAUGUAAUAGAAUUUAUGUUUCUUAAACUUUUUUGUGAAUUAUUCUUGACAUUAAAAGUAA